AUGGCGACCGCGCGGGCGCUUGGAUGUCUCCUGAGGUUAGACAGAAGAUGCCGCUGCCUUCGAGUACCUCCCCAGUCCAGGGCACUCGCUGCGCUGGUGCCUGGCGUGACCCGGGUCGAUGACAAGACCGAUUUUCUGGAGAAGCUGCACUAUCGCAAGCACCCUGGCAUCUUGAAGUUACCGCACGUGCGGCUGCCGCAGGCACUGGCUAACGCGGCGCAGUUACUGCUGCUGGAGAGCGCGAUCCCGAAUGUGGAGAAACAGGUGCAAACACUGACCAAUUAUCUCUGGAGUCGGCAUUUGCCUGUAGAGUCUGCGGAGUUGCAAAGACGGGCUAUGCAUCUUGAGAAAAAAAUUCGGGACACCCAAGACUUACCUCAGACAGAGGAGAGACUUCAUGGAGCAGUGCUACAUGCGCUGCGUAGAACUACCUACCAUUGGCAAGAACUGAGCUACAGUGAGGGACUGAGCCUGGUGUAUAUGGCAGCAAGACUGGAUGGUGGCUUUGCAGCAGUCUCCAGAGCAUUUCAUGAGAUCCGGACUCGAAUUCCAGAGUUCCAGCCACAAACCUUGAUGGACUUUGGCUCUGGUUCUGGUUCUGUCACCUGGGCUGCUCACAGUAUUUGGGGCCAGAGUCUUCGUGAAUAUGUGUGUGUGGACAGCUCAGCUGCCAUGUUGGGUUUGGCGGAAAAGCUACUGAAAGGUGGUUCAGAAUCUGGGGAGCCUUAUGUUCCAGGUGUCUUUUUCAGACAGUUUCUACCUGUAUCACCCAAGGUACAAUUUGAUGUGGUGGUAUCAGCCUUUUCCUUAAGUGAAUUGCCCAGCAAGGAUGCCCGCGCCAAGGUAGUUCAAACCUUGUGGCGCAAGACAAGUAAUUUCCUGGUAUUGGUGGAGACUGGAACAAAAGCUGGGCACUGCCUUCUCAUGGAGGCCAGAGACCUGGUCCUUAAGUCUUUGUUAGAAUAAGAAACCAAAGGAGGAAAACUUCUCCAUGGUGAUCCUUGCCUAAGCUUCUCCAGAAGAAGCUAAUUGCUGGUCUCCUAUCACCCAACCUGUUCUUAAAUGGCCUCGACAUGUACACUGUCACCUGUGCUGUCCAGAUGGGCAUAUGCAGCAUACUGUAAUCACAGCAUGCCGGCAUGGCAGGGAUUUGUAUCGCUGUGCCCGUGCCAGCUCCUGGGGAGAUCUUUUACCUGUGAUCACUCCGUCUGAGUGUCCUCCAGCCCCUGCUCAAGAUCUCUUUGAUAGCUGACAAGGAUGUGUGAUAAUUACUUUCUUCUAUCAUGCCUGCCAAGGCUGAAGCUUCCUGGUAUCCAGGAUAAGUGUGGUGGUACUCCCAAAUAUCUGGGUUUGUUUUUU